AUGCGGGACGAAAUAUUUCUUGUCAGAAAACUUUCAAGAUUUGCACAGCACAUGUGCUCGUGCAGUGACAAUGAUAUUUAUGGAAGCAUACGCGCAAUUUUAAACAAGGAACAAUUUAAAAACUUUUGUGAGAAUAACAUUUUUGGUUAUUUUAUGCAGAAGAAGCAGUGUGUAGUGCAAGCACAGUUGUGCAGAUGCGUUAUGACUCUUGAGGUGAAGGGUAGUUCUUCUUCUGGGAUUAUGAUCUGUGCUAAUGACACCUCUCUUAGUUUUACUCCCAUGAAAUUUGCUAUCAUAACUGGAUUGAAUUGUGUUUCUAAUAGGUAUGACUUUAUUUUUUAUGAGGGUGUACCAAAUAGGAUGAUUGAAAAGUAUUUUAAUGGGGCAGAGAGUAUACAGAAAAGACAACUAUUUCUAGUAUUCACGGAGAAAGUAUGGGGGGAGGACAAUGAUGAGGAUGCUGAGAAAGUUGCAAUUCUGUAUUUCCUACAUUCAUCUGUGUUGUCUAACAUUGACACUGUUGUUAUACCCCGUCUUUAUUUUGAUUUGGUAGAUAGUGAUAGAUAUAAGGAUUUUCCAUGGGGUUCUUUAUCUUUUGAAGAUCUGGCUAGAAGUUUGAACAAACGGCUAAAAGUUGGGGGCAAAUUUUAUUUGAUUCAGGAAAUGCCACUGACUAUUCAAGUGUGGCUAUAUGAGUGUUGUUCAAAUGUCCCACCAAAAAUUGCAUUGAAGGUUGAGAAUCAGAUUUCCCGAUUAUUAAAUUGGAAGAUGAUUGCACCUCGUCUACGGUAUGAGUUUUUGAUGAAUGCUAUGUUCAAGGACAAUGGCAAGGUUGUAUUUAAGAACAUAGAGUCAACUGAAAUGGAACUGGCAAAGCUUGAAAUACCACAGAAGGAUGUAACUGAAGAUGAACGUUCAGUUGAUUCUGACGAUGACUUCCAGGAUCCACUACCAAAGAAGAUCAACGGAUGUUCAAAGAAGAAACAGAAGAUGGAUUCAUCAACCCCAAUAGCGAAGAAACCUUCAGGAAAAAAGCAAGUCAAUAUUGUUGACGUGCAUAUCCAAACGAGGACUCCACCUCAUCGUGCUGCCAAGGCUGCUGUAAUGAAGACACCAGUAUUCAAGCCAGUUCUAACACGACAGGUACAGUCAAAGGGAGAUAGUCAUGUAAAGGAAGUAGCUGUGUCAAAGCGUGAGAUUCAUAUUGAGAAUGAAAUAUUUAUUACUAAGAAAGUUUUUGAUGCAUUCCGCGAAGAGGUUCGUCAAGAGUUUAUAGGAGUUCGUGAAGAGUUUACUCGAAUUCGUCAAUUAGUGAAGAAAAAGUUCAAAAAAAUGGUCAAAGCAAUUGAACAUAGCAAGCAACAGUAUGAAGAUACAGAGGUUGAAGCACAACAGAUGGAUUAUGCUGGUGUCGAAACAUUACCACAAGAAUUCAGUCCUAUUGUUGAUCAAAAUUUGAAUGAUAAUCAGAAUGAUAAAACAAACAUUGAAAUUGAUUCUCAACAUUUAAUUCCUGAUGAGCUUCUCCAAAGUAUAAAUUUGAAUUAUAAUCUUUCUGAGAAGAUUGUUCAUCACGAUGAUCAGAUCAUUGAUGAGAAAUUGGAUGAUACAAAUUUGUCUGAUUCGCAGUUUACAAUUCCAGAUGAGCUGUUACCAAGUCUUAAUGCAUACCGAAGAGAAAGCAUCACGAGACAUCCAUUGAUAACUUCUGAAGAAGAACAAAUUGAUAAACAUUUUAAUGAUAAAAUGUCCGAAUCUUUGUUCAGGAUCAUUAAAAACAAAGAAAACGUUGGAUCAUGCUCUAAAGAAGACAUGCACGGAGAGGUUGAUCUUGGUACGGAGGAGCAGAUUAUGAGAACUCCUAAAAUACAAGAAUUAACCACUGAUGAACAAAGGGAUGAAAUAAUUUUGCCUGAUUCACAAGACACAAUUCCUGAUGACUUACUUCCUAGUUUGAAUGUAUACAGUAGUAAAAGCAUCAUUGUUCAUCCCUCUGCUAAUCGUGAACUUCAAACUCCUAUUCCUAAGUUAAGGAUUAGGCGACCAUCCAAAUUCAAAAAGUCACCUUACACGAUGAAAUUUGGUUCAGUUGCCGAGAGCUCGGAAGGGCACAUACGUAUAUUCCCACAGAAACAUUCAUUUGUUUAUCAUCUGAUUGAUGGGAUUGUGGAUACGAAGAUUGUCAACAAAUCUGUUCAUGAUGUUUAUUCUGCGAAUGCUGAAAAUCUUACGGUGGGAGGACAUGUGGCACAUCUUAAUGAAUACAUAAAUGGGUUCCGUAUGCAUGCUGCUGUACCAUGGCAUACAGUGGAAGACAUUUAUAUUCCAAAAUUAGCUGCGAUUAUCCCAUUGUAUCUCGAAUAUUGUGAUUUCUACGUUAAGAAAGGAAUUCAUGUUGAACACCAUCCAAAAUACAAAGACAAAGACUCCUCAGAUAUGUUUGAUGUGUUAUUUCAAGAGAGGAUUGUGGUCCGUACAAGAUAUGCUGCACUUUUGUGGGAUUAUGGGACUAGAAAGCAAGACGUAAAUGUUCAUAGUGAUGUUGAAGCACCUUUGAGGCCUCCAAGGCAAAGUAGAAUAGCUAGUAUGAUUGAAGUUUUUGAUGUAUGA